AUGGCGAAAUUACAUCGAAAAUCCGCAUUUUUGUCAAUAGCGAGUCUUUUGGUCCUCUGCCUUGCCGACUACACUUUGGCAACCAAGAUAAGAGCCGGCAGUGACCCCACGGUGAUGAAAGUGGGAGACACCUACUACUCGGCUGAAUCGGCAGAUGGUGGCAUCUAUGUUCGUGCAGCAUCUUCAUUCAAAGGUCUCGGCGUCUCCAAUGUUCGGCGCGAGAGAGUAUGGUCUGAUGCCAACAACAGGGGUGCUGUCUGGGCUCCAGAGAUUACUACAGAUCUCGGACGCACCUAUAUCUACUUCUCGGCAGGCGAGGAUGCAGCUCAUCGUAUGUACGUCAUCAGCGCUGACUCGCCUCUUGGCCCUUCCUCGGUCGAGUCUAAGCUCGCUUUGCCAGACGAACAAUGGGCCAUCGACGGCACCUUCUUUGUCUUUGAAGGGGAGGGCUGGUUCGUCUGGUCUGGCUGGCAAACAGAGAGCGAGAACUCGGAACAACCCCUGUACAUCUGCCGCAUGGAAAGCCCUACGAAGCCCAUUGGGCAAAGAUACAUUAUCUCGCAACCUCGGGAGUCAUGGGAACAGGGUGACAGCCCCAUCGUCAAUGAGGGGCCCCAAGUGAUCAUCGACCCUAACGGCCAGCUGCACAUCGUCUACUCAGCCAACGGCAGCUGGGGCAGCAGAUACUGCCUUGCCGAUCUUCGACUCCGCAAAGGCGGUAAUCCUACGUACGUAUGGGAUUGGUACAAGUCGAAUGGCUGCCUGUUCGGUUCGCAUCAGGACAGGAUGAUGAGGGGCUGGGACACAACCCUGUAUAUUGACGGGCCAGGACACCACACAUUUGCCCUCCUCGAUGGUGAUGUAAACAAAAGUCCGGGAGGGGCCGACCACAUCCCGUUCAUGUUCCAUGGCGUCGAGAGGGGCACCCCGUACAGCUGGGAGGCCCGCAGUUGGUUUAGUGGCAGUUUUGUCUGGUGGAGCAAAACCAUCUACAGCCGGAAUAAUGUCCCCGGGGAGAGAAGCAAUACAGGAUGUAGCUUCAAGUUUUUCGAAUAAGCAAAGAAACUAUAUUUGCUUUUCUUUUUUCUUUCCAUCCUUUCUCUUUCUCCUUUUCUUUUAGGGUUUUAUCAUUAGAGUAUGAUUGAGGGCUUCUAGCCAAUGUUAUCAAAGAGAGCUGGUCUUUGGACAUAAGAUCACCGAUAUCAGUUGAAGAAUUCAACAUCUGUUCUGCUACGCAAACUUUGCUCUCUCCUCCCCUGAACACAAUGGUGUGGCAAGAGAAAC